AUGUCCUCGCUCAAUCCUCUCAGUGCCGGCCCCAGCAAGCACAAGUUGCUCGGUGACGAGCUCUACAAGAAAUCCGACAAGGCAAGCCAUUGCGUUGUGUUGCUCCUUUCUCAGCCGUCUUCUGCCCCGUUACUGAUCGACGUCACGUCGCCCUGCCAGAUCAACGCCGAGCUCUUCUCGCUCACGUACGGCGCACUCGUCGUACAGCUCAUCAAGGACUACGAGGACUACCAGCAGGUGAACACGCAGUUGGCAAAGAUGCAAGUCGUACUGGGUGCUCCGACUCCCCAUAACCCCACAUUGCUGACCUGGCCCGACCGUGAACGACCGACUCGCUCCGCAGGGGCUACAACAUUGGCGUACGCUUGAUCGAGGACUUUCUCGCCCGAACAGGUCUCACUAGAUGUCGGGACUUCGCAGAAACAGGCGAGGUCGUUUCCAAGGUACGUUGCCAGCUCUCCCAUCCCUCUGCCUUGGCCCCCACGGAUCCCCUGAUGCCCAUCUCCCCACCUCAGGUCGCCUUCCGAUCCCUCCUCUCCAUCACACCAACACUCGUACACCAUCCCGCCCUCUCAGCCAAUCAACAACCUUCCUUCUCCCUCGUCUUUGACGAGAACCCUUUGACGGAUUUUGUCGAAUUGCCUGACGAAGCGAUCGAGGGCGGACUCAACUAUGCCAAGGUAUUGGAAGGUGUCAUCAGGGGGGCUUUGGAGAUGGUAAGUGGCGCAAUUCGCGAGCUGUGUAUCCCUAAAAGAGUGCACAUAAUCCUCCCGCUUUGAAGAAGACGAGACCGUCUGAGCAGAAUUUGAUGCUCCCCCUCUUCCCUCUGCUCAUAGAUCCAAACAAGUGUGACGGCAACGAUCGUGAGCGACGCAUUACGAGGUGACGAAAAGACCGAGUUGAGGGUCACGCUAGUCAGGUUUAUGGAAGAGAACAUGCCCCCCGGCGACGAUUGA